CGGGCAGUCAGAAAAUGGGUAAGAAGAGUCGAGUGAAAACUCAGAAAUCAGGUACUGGAGCCACAGCCACCGUGUCACCUAAGGAAAUCUUGAACCUGACAAGUGAGCUGUUGCAGAAAUGUAGCAGUCCUGCACCCGGCCCAGGAAAAGAAUGGGAAGAGUACACACAGAUCCGGGCUCUGGUUGAGAAAAUACGAAAGAAGCAAAAAGGUCUGUCUGUUACUUUUGAUGGGAAAAGAGAAGAUUACUUCCCUGAUCUAAUGAAAUGGGCCUCUGAAAACGGGGCUUCUGUCGAGGGUUUUGAAAUGGUUAACUUCAAAGAAGAGGGCUUUGGUUUGAGAGCAACAAGAGACAUCAAGGCAGAAGAAUUAUUUUUAUGGGUUCCACGAAAGUUACUAAUGACUGUUGAAUCUGCUAAGAAUUCAAUAUUGGGGCCCCUGUAUUCCCAAGACCGAAUUCUCCAAGCUAUGGGGAACAUUGCACUGGCCUUUCAUCUGCUGUGUGAGCGAGCCAGCCCCAACUCUUUCUGGCAGCCGUACAUUCAGACCCUCCCCAGUGAGUACGACACCCCUCUCUACUUCGAAGAAGAGGAAGUGCGCUGUCUUCAGUCGACACAAGCCAUCCAUGAUGUCUUCAGCCAGUAUAAAAACACAGCACGCCAGUACGCCUAUUUCUAUAAAGUCAUCCAGACCCAUCCUCAUGCCAACAAACUGCCCUUGAAGGAUUCUUUCACUUACGAGGACUACAGGUGGGCCGUCUCAUCAGUUAUGACACGGCAAAACCAAAUUCCUACAGAGGAUGGUUCCCGGGUGACCUUGGCUCUGAUUCCUUUAUGGGACAUGUGCAAUCAUACCAACGGCCUGAUCACAACAGGCUAUAACCUGGAAGAUGACCGCUGUGAGUGCGUGGCUCUGCAGGACUUUCAGGCUGGAGAUCAGAUUUACAUUUUUUACGGCACUCGGUCAAAUGCAGAGUUUGUGAUCCACAGUGGUUUUUUCUUUGACAAUAACUCACACGACAGAGUGAAAAUAAAGCUUGGAGUGAGUAAAAGUGACAGGCUCUACGCUAUGAAGGCUGAGGUCUUGGCUCGGGCUGGCAUCCCAACAUCCAGUGUUUUUGCAUUGCAUUUUACUGAGCCACCCAUCUCUGCCCAGCUUCUAGCUUUUCUCCGAGUAUUCUGCAUGACUGAAGAGGAGCUGAAAGAGCACUUGCUAGGGGACAGCGCCAUUGACAGGAUCUUCACUCUGGGGAACUCGGAGUUUCCUGUCAGCUGGGACAAUGAGGUCAAACUUUGGACAUUUCUGGAAGAUAGAGCCUCACUUCUUUUAAAAACAUAUAAAACGACAAUUGAGGAAGAUAAGAUUGUCCUGAAAAACCCUGACCUCUCUGUCCGUGCCACAAUGGCCAUCAAAUUGCGCUUGGGUGAGAAGGAGAUUUUGGAAAAAGCAGUGAAGAGUGCAGCCAUGAACCGAGAGUACUACCGCAAACACAUGGAGGAGAGGGCGCCACUGCCCAGAUACGAGGAGAGUGACCUGGGGCUGUUGGAGGGUGGUGUGGGGGACUCCAGGCUCCCUCUGGUCCUGAGAAAGCUGGAGGAGGAGGCAGGCGUACAGGAGUCUCUGAGCCUCACAGAGACUGUCAGCAAAGUCAAGGCUGCCGAGAAUGGGCUCCUCAACGGGGAAAGCUUGAUCCCUAAUGGGACCAGGUCUGAAAAUGAAAGCUUAAGCCCAGAAGAGAGUGAAAACACGACAGGAGACACGGAAGAGUCUUCAGGAAGCAUGGGUGCGGUGAAGGAGCGGCUCUGAGAUGCUCACGGAUCCAGUUGAGCAGAGGUUGCAGACAGCCCACCACAUCACCGUGCUCCUUGUUAACAUUUUUCUUUUCGCAGAGAGGAAAAUAUGUUUUGCUGCUUUAUAUAAAGUGAUUUUUAAGUUAUUAUAAAGAUCUAGCUUCCCUUAUUGAUUAAGAUUGCCAUCUUGCUUCUGGGCGGAACAAGGUAGUGAGGAGCAGCAGAGGGGAGGAGGCGCCCUUGAGAGACUGCAGACCAGCUGUGGGCAGCGCCGCUCUCCUCGCUCCACUCCACAGUGAGCGCUGGCGCUGCUCCUGCCGAGGGAGUGGAUGGUGGAGGUGAGGCCCAGCGAAAAGAAAGCUGGGCGAGGUGGUUACAGAACAGAGUCUGGGCAAAAGCUUUUAUUUUUUUCCUUAACAAGAAUAUCCCCAGUACCAAAAGAAAAGGGAAGGUGGCAACCUGAUUUUUAAUGGCUUAAAAUGUUGAUGAUGAUCCUAAUUAUAUAAACACACACAUAUAUCUAGUAAUUUCUAAGGAUUUGUUUACUUUUUGUGUUCUGUUUUGCUGUAUUAAAAACUUGUCCUUUACCUUAAAUCAAAGUAGGCCUCGCGUCCUCCUGGGUUUUCACGCUGGCUUUGUGUCAGAGAGGUGCACUGGCUCCAGUGAUGGCAGUGGAGUGCCGUAGACACUGCAGCCGUGGCUCACGCACGGUGUCGGGAUAGGCGGCCCCCUGGAUUUCUGGUUUCACAACAAGCUAGAGAUUUUCAAAGCUACCCUUUUGAGUAAAACCCCUUAUUAAAAGAAAAAACAUGA